GAUCAAUCGAUCCGUACUGAUCGCAUGGUCCUUGUCCUCUUCACCUUACUUUCUCUUCUACCGCACUGACGAUGUUAUCAUGACGUUGACGAAUGCAGCCGUUCAGGACGGUGCCGCGAUCACGAUCAGCCGAGUCGUCGAGGCGGAUCUAGACGAAUUCGUCCGAGUUAGCAUAGAUGGCUUCUCCGCUGAUCCUCUAGUAUCAGCUAUCAUGAUGCCCAUCGGCGUCACGCCCAAAAGUAAAGCUGCCUGGAUGCAUUACACUAGGGCGCUUUUCGAAGGCUGUCAUCUCUGGAAAGCCGCCAAGCCAGAUACGGGUGAGAUCGUGGGCGGUCUCAUUCUGGGCACAGUCGAGCGGGAUGAGAGGGGUAAAUGGUCCGGUCAUAUGCCCAGAUGGGCAGACAACAGCAAUCCGUUCUGGCAUGAUCCUGCUUGGCUGCCAGACUUCAACAUCACCCUCAUGCGACAGCUCCGAGAACGGACUGUACCCGCUGAAGAAAGUCUGAUGAAGGGCAGACGAUACAUCAAAGGGAUAUCACUGUUUGUGCUCAAGGAGUUACAGCAUGCCGGUAUCGGCAGACAGCUCUGUGCUCACGCGCUGAGUCACGCCAAGCAGCAAGGUCUACCCAUUUUCUGCUUGGCAUCGCCAGCAGGCUUGACGCUUUAUCUCAAGCUUGGAUUCGAAAAGGGAGAGACUGUAAUGCUCGAUCCAGCAAAGCCUCAAGAAACAAUGACGGUCAUGCUACUUUCUCCGGAGUGAUCAUGAUGCCUUUGAUCUGCGAUGUUGUGACCGAUAUCUGUCCUCCAUCUUCUUGAUGCAGACCGGCGCUUAUCGUGAAUGGCGUCGGCCGAGAACGUGA